CAGACAUGGCGACGUGCUGCAGCAGCGCCGGUUUACUUGCAGUCUUUGCGCUAAUUGCGACUCUUGUAGCGCUACUUUACGCACCGGGUCCGGUUGGCGGUGCGGCGGCUGUUACCGGGCCGCCGCUGCUGCUGCUGCUGCUCCGGAGGCUCCGGCGGCGGGACGGCGGGACCGACCGCCGGGUGUGUGUCCUGGUGCUGGGAGACAUCGGCCGCAGCCCUCGGAUGCAGUAUCACGUCCUGUCGCUCAGCAAGCACGGAUAUCAGGUCACCUUUGUUGGGUUUUUAGACACUAAACCUCAUCGAGACGUUCUGACACAGGAGAACAUAAAGAUCGUCUCCAUAUCAGAAGUGAAAGGAAUUAAAGUUGGACCUAAAAUCCUCACGUAUGUGACGAAGGUGGCGGUUCAGACUCUGCAGCUUCUUCGCGUGCUGCUGAACAUGGAGCUGCAGUCUCAUAUUCUGAUGCAGAAUCCUCCGGGCCUGCCGAGCAUCGCCGCGUCCUGGCUCGUGUGCUUUCUGCGCGGCAGCAGCUUCGUCAUCGACUGGCACAACUACGGCUACACCAUCAUGUCCCUGAGCCACGGAGCCGCUCACCCAGUGGUCCGCCUCGCAAAGUGGUAUGAACACUUCUUCGGUCCUCUGGCUGCUCACAACCUGUGUGUGACGAACGCCAUGAAGGACGACCUGCAGAACAACUGGGGCAUCAAGGCGACAACGCUGUACGACAGACCGGCCGCCAUCUUCAGAGAGACUCCGCCCAAGCUGCAGCACGAACUCUUCUUCAGGAUGGCCGACACUCAUCCUCAGUUCAGACACAGCGGGCGUGAGGACGGCGAGCUGGAGAGGACGGUCUUCUCUGUCCGUGACCUCACUGAUGACACGGUGACGCUGAGGGCGGAGCGACCGGCGCUGCUCAUCAGCAGCACCAGCUGGACAGAGGAUGAAGAUUUCUCCAUCCUGCUGAAAGCUCUGGAAGAAUAUGAAGAUUUUAUUAAAGGAGGAGCUUCUUUACCGUCAUUAAUGUGUGUGAUCACAGGUAAGGGUCCUCAGAAGGAACACUACAGGAAGCUGAUUGACUCAUUGCGUUUACAACAUGUGAAGAUCUGCACUCCGUGGUUGGAGGCUGAAGACUAUCCUGUUUUAUUAGGUUCAGCAGAUCUGGGCGUUUGUCUCCACAAGUCGUCCAGCGGUCUGGAUCUGCCCAUGAAGGUGGUGGAUAUGUUUGGCUGCUGUCUGCCCGUCUGUGCGAUCCACUUCAACUGUUUACAUGAGCUGGUGAAACACGAGGAGAACGGACUGAUCUUCAGAGACUCUGAGGAGCUCGCUGAGCAGCUGAAGUCUUUGCUGUCAGAAUUUCCCAGUUCAGACGGCAGACUGGGAGCGUUCAGGAGGAACCUCCGGUCCAGCAGAGGGCAGCGCUGGGACGACAACUGGGACCAGAACGUGCUGCCUCUGAUCACUGGUCCAUGA